AUGGAACGUAAAAGAGUUUCUUUCAAUAUUAAAACAGCCACGUGCGGCUUUUGUCGUUUACAUCAACAAGGUUUGCACGCAGACGACACACAUUCACGCGAGGCUGUUGUCUUUUGCAAAACUUGCGACGAGUUCUUGUGCACUGGUUGUUUGAAACCACACAGAAAACUGGUAGUGACAGAAAACCAUCAACUUCUAAACAGAGAUCACUUGAUAGUUGCAGACGAAAGGAAUGACCAUGUGACUAAUGGAGCAAAGUUUGAUUUUGGAUCACUUUCGUCUGAUGCCAUAAAUGGGUAUGGACUUUAUAGAGCCAAACUAAUAGAGAGUAUAUCGAAAGAUCCUUUUAGUACUGAAUUAGAAGAUGAUAAGAACAAAGAUGCGACAGACGACCCUAAACCAGCAGACGACAGUUUUGACGAGGAAGAGGAGAAUGUGUCAUUGUAUAGUUUCUCUGAAAUGUGUAACCAGCAUUCAGAUGAGUUUUUAAAAUACUUCUGUGAACAACAUUCUCAACUAUGCUGCGAUGUUUGUAAACAAAUCGAUCAUGACAUUUGUUUCUCAAAAGUAAAAUUCAUACCGGAAGUGGUCAAUGACUUUGAAAAGCUUUGUCCGCCGUAUAGAAAGAUUGAAGCUCAAAUAUCGGAUUUUAAAGAAUAUGACCGGAAGUUGCAAUGUGAUUUGAAAGAAUUGAAAAAGUCACGUGAAACGUUUCUGCAUGACUUAAAACUAAAGAAAAGGGAAUUAUUGAAUUGGAUAAAUCUCAUGGAAGUACGUGCAGUGCGUAGACUUGAAAUUGUUUUCGAUAAAUGUAAGAAAGAUAUCGAGAAAAAACGCCAAAAAGCGAAACUAGCUUGCGAGGAUUUACGAGCGGAAGUUUAUUUUCUGAAAGAAAUUUUACGUAGUGAUAUGCACAAUAAUAUCUAUAAAUAUAUUAAGAUGAAAAAAGCGGAAAAUUCCGUGGAUGAAGCAUUAAAGAAAAAGGAACAUAGACAAUUUACGAACACAAGGUUUAGUCUGAAUGUUAAUGAUGAUUUCAAUAGAGCACAAAAAGAUGCAGAACAACUUUACGAAAUAAAUUUUGAAAAGAAAGGUGAAACAAAGUAUAACAUCCGACUAAAAGAGGACAAACACGUCUGCAACAUCACCGGAUGUGCAAUGAUGUCGUCUGGUGGCAUUGCUUUGGCAGAUCGAAACAACGCUAAUGUCAAAGUCUUUAAUUCUCAAUUCAAACUAACCGCUAAAAUAAAUGUGCAAGACGGGUUGUUUGACCUAACGUGUAUAAGUAAAAAUGCUCUUGCUGUAACGUCUCCUCUGAAGAGUAAAAUUAAUAUUGUUGAAAUUAGACCGGAACCGGAAAUAGUCAAAGUUGUAGAAACUGGCACUGGAACAUGUUGGGGAUUAAAAUAUUAUGAUGAUUUUUUUGUUGUGAACUGUUCAACGAAAGAUUCGUCCUUUAUUCGGGCAGUAAACUUAGAUUCAAAUAUUGUAUUCGAAAUAGAGACUAAAUGUAAUUUCUUUACUGCAUUAUAUUUAGAUGAGGACAGGAAACUACUGACUACAUUAACCGCGACGUCUUGCCUUAUUGACGGAAGUGACGCAAGAAUUGGAAAUUAUAUCGAUGAGCAUGAUGGUUCUUUGAGCGAAACUCAACAAUUGAAAGUUUUAGAAUACAACUUUUUAAAUCACCUUCGAACAAAAGGAGUAGCUCUCGACAGCCACAACAAUCUUAUUGUUUGUUGCAAAGAUACCGAUCAGAUUUACACUAUUGCGCAAACCGGAAAUGAAGCAGAGCUACUUUUGGCGGAAGCAGAUGGACUGCGAACGCCGCAGGCACUAUGUUUUAAUGAAAAUAAGAGCAAGUUGCUAGUGACUUCUGAAAACACUGAUUUUGUUCAGAUUUUUGAAUUCGAUUCUUAA